AUGAUUCUAUAUUUCACCGGUCUUCCAGAUUUCCGGCUUCCAGAUUACCCCGAUGUCCCCUUGACACUAGAUGGAGAUCCCCUCAGCAUCUUCAGAGAAGAUUCUUUCAGCGCAGAACAGGAGGGAAUUCGAAAAUCUGCGUCAGUUCCACACGGUAUAGCUACUAUCCUCUAUCUAUGGUGUCCCACAGCUCUCGUCGCCUUCCUGGACUUAGAUGCAUGGUUCAGCCUGACAUGGACCGUCACCAUACCGCCGUCCAAUCCUGGCACAGAAGCGAAGAAACUGGAGAUUGGAAGAGUAGGGAGCCAGAUCACGUUCGGCACGCUUGACUCUAGCGGCGAGAAUUGGAAAGUUAUGUUGACAUACAACGUCGCUUUAUCUUCAGACGGGAAGUUCAAGAGGGGACAGUGGGUGCCAAAUGCGAAGGAGAGCAUGCUGGGCGAGAAAGACGUGAAAAUCCCUGAGAUGAUCGAGAGACUUGGGGAUAGGUGGGUGCAAGAAACGAUGAAGGACAAGAGCUGGGAAGCAGGCAAAGGCGUCAAACAUACAUUUCACGUCGAGUACGCACCUAUGGACAUCUUCGGCGACGGCAUCCCCAUGUCGCCACACUUGUUGUAUCGAUCUCUCGAUCUCAACAAAUGCACCACAUGCAGCACAACCUCUGCCACAAAGUCGCUGAAUCGCUGCGGAAGGUGUGGCACAGCAGCGUACUGCUCAGCAGAGUGUCAAAAGGAGGACUGGAAAGUGCACAAGUGGGUUUGCACGAUGAGCGCAGAGGAUCGGGGGAUGGCCAUCAAGAUUUCGGAGAAGGGAGGGCUGUAUAAGUGGGACACGGACAGGACCAUGGUGGCAACAGGAGAAGAGGUGGAGAGUGAGAACCCAUUCUUCGAGACGGUACAACUGAAGCGUACAAGGGAUUAGUAGCAGACUCAAGAGCGGUCUCCAGUUAUUUCGAUGGAGAAGGUCUUGCUAUCGGGCAGACUUCCGACCUGAGGAGAGAAGAUGAUGAGCAUAGACGAACCGGCGCUGGUGCCAUGUGCGACCUGU